AUGGCAUUGCAUAGUGAAGAUAGCCAGGAGGACGCACCAGAGUGUCCAGUGUGCUAUGAGUGUCUGUCGGGCACAGAGAGGACCCUGAGCUGCGGACAUGUAUUCUGUCACGACUGUCUGGUCAAAACGCUGGUCAGCAUCAACAACAAUGGAAACAUCAGAGACACUAUUGUUUGCCCCAUCUGCCGACAUCUUACAUUCAUCAAGAAACAACAAGAAGCGCUCGUGGUCGUCACGUCGGACAAGGAUCCAGGUGAAGCGCAGACCCUGGAGGUACCUCUCCCUCCAACGCAGAGGCAGCUCCAGAGCGACUCCGGAGACUCUCUACCGGGGGAGGAUCACUUACCGGGGGAGGAUCGCUGGAUCGCUCGCUGCUUCAGGGGAAUGUCUGGUCGAAUCCGUCGACAGAGGUUGAUAAGCCCCAGCCAUAACGCAUCUCAGAUAUUCAUCAUCAGCGCUCAGGGGCGACCCAUGGCCGAAGACGAUACCAUCGGUGUUGUGAUGACUGUGGUUCAACCUCGGCGCAGGCGAAGGCGCAGGAUUUGCACAACUGCACGAUGCCUGUUCAUUUUACUGUCAGCAUUUACUAUACUGGCACUAGUGACUGCAACUUUACCCUGGAUUUUGUUGGCAUAG